CUGUAGCAGCCGUGAGGAUCUGGCUGGGGGCAAGGGGUGCUUGAAAAUUGGCGGCUGCAGCUGCGCACCUCGGUUCAGUGGGUGAUGGAAUCGUCGAUACAAAAGCGUGAUCGAAUACUCCCAAAAGAGAGAAGGUCACGCUAUGAACGCAGCACGAGUGUCUCCGGACUGCGGUACCGCAGCGGCCGCGAAUCCUAGAUAGAACCCUGAUUGUAUUGGCAUCGCCUCACUGAAAUCGGAGACGCAGAAGGGAGAUGAGACAUUGUGGUGGUUCCCCUCCCAACCCAUGGUAGGUGUUCGCACACUGUCCAUUUCGGAAUUCGCGAGUAAUCUCCAAUCGUAGCCCCGUCGCACCGCAUUCCCUAGUUCACUCGGAUAGAGCAAUUUGUGAUCGCAAGAAUUCGUUCAUUGGCCCACGUCACUGGAACCUUCAAAUCACACAAUGUCUAUAUCUCCUCGAAACACAGAGACGACAGGUUUGAUGCAUACAUUGCUGGCAUUCUCCUCUCGCUCUGUACGAAACACAACAAUCUCUCUUUCUCCUUCCACAUCCGGCCUCGACUCUCCAACCCCUCUCUACGUUGUCGAGACCCCGAAGAAAUUCGGUGAUCCACCUAACACGAUAUACAGGAUCAGCAGUGACGAAAAGAAGGAACACGUUGCUACCUUGAUAUGGAGAACGUUUCGAAAAGACCUGAUUAUCAUUGGUGGAGAGACAAAGGAGUUGAGGCAAGUUUUGCCUAUGAAAGGAUUCUUUUGCAGAUAUACGAUGCCUACGCUGACAGGAGAUUGGGUGUGGAAAACCAUAUGCGAUAGCCCCGAGCUCUUCAACGCUUCAGGGAAAUCCAUGGCAAACUAUUACAAGAUUUUCAGAAACGAGAAGAAGAAUAAACCCCCUGCAGAGAUGGUUGUAGCGCCCGAGGCGAUGGCCAUGCUUGACAUGGUGAUCAUCGGUCUCCUUUGCUCUCGUCAAGCCAUAAGGAGAUCGAGACGUAGUCGUUCGGGGUAAUCUUGCGCCUUGAAUGGUUUAGUCUGAUCGAGAACGCACGCCUGCCAUCCCACGUCAAGACCUUCUGACAGUCCAUGGUCCUAUUUGGUUCUAUGUUGAAGUUCGCGCUUCUCGUCGC